AGCUUUGCGGAGUUGGGCGGUGCCGAGGAGGAGGUGCUGGCCUGGGUCUGACUCGGCCCGGUUUGUGGGGCCCCGUCUAUUUAUUUAUUUAUUUCGUGAACCUGGGAGUGUGCGCGCGCUCUCACUGCUUCGUGGGGAGGGGGUGGGGGGAGGGCCCGGGAAAGGGGGGAGCUGGAACGGGGGUCGAAACGCCGCGUGACUUUUAGGUGAGAGAACGCCGAGCCGUCGCCGCAGCCUCCGCCGCCGAGAAGCCCUUGUUCCCGCUGCCGGGAAGCAGAGUCUGGUGCCGACAAAAUGGCGGACGGGGAGCUGAACGUGGACAGUCUCAUCACCCGAUUGCUGGAGGUACGAGGAUGUCGUCCAGGAAAGAUUGUGCAGAUGACCGAAGCAGAAGUUCGGGGCUUAUGUAUCAAGUCUCGGGAGAUCUUUCUCAGCCAACCUAUUCUUUUGGAAUUGGAAGCACCGCUGAAAAUUUGUGGAGACAUCCAUGGACAGUAUACAGAUUUACUGCGAUUAUUUGAAUAUGGAGGUUUCCCACCAGAAGCCAACUAUCUUUUCUUAGGAGAUUAUGUUGACAGAGGAAAACAAUCUUUGGAAACCAUUUGUUUGCUAUUGGCUUAUAAAAUCAAAUAUCCAGAGAACUUCUUUCUCUUAAGAGGAAACCAUGAGUGUGCUAGCAUUAAUCGCAUUUAUGGAUUCUAUGAUGAAUGCAAACGAAGGUUUAAUAUUAAAUUGUGGAAAACCUUCACCGAUUGUUUUAACUGUCUGCCUAUAGCUGCCAUUGUGGAUGAGAAGAUAUUCUGUUGUCAUGGAGGACUAUCACCAGACCUGCAGUCUAUGGAGCAGAUUCGAAGAAUCAUGAGACCCACUGAUGUCCCUGAUACAGGAUUGCUCUGUGAUUUGCUAUGGUCUGACCCAGAUAAGGAUGUGCAAGGCUGGGGGGAAAAUGAUCGUGGUGUUUCCUUCACUUUUGGAGCCGAUGUUGUCAGUAAAUUUCUGAAUCGUCAUGAUUUGGACUUGAUUUGUCGAGCUCAUCAGGUGGUUGAAGAUGGAUAUGAAUUUUUUGCUAAACGACAAUUGGUAACCCUCUUCUCAGCCCCAAAUUACUGUGGCGAGUUUGAUAAUGCUGGUGGAAUGAUGAGUGUGGAUGAAACAUUGAUGUGUUCAUUUCAGAUAUUGAAACCAUCUGAAAAGAAAGCCAAGUACCAGUAUGGUGGACUGAAUUCUGGACGUCCCGUCACUCCACCUCGAACAGCUAAUCCACCGAAGAAAAGGUGA